AUCGCGAUGCGUGGUUCACCAAAAAGAACCGACACAUAUAUGAAUCAUUCUUGCGCGUUCGUCCGAGAACUGUUAAUGGAACUGGAAGUAAAUGUAUCGGGUGAAGAAGUAUCCCUUCUCCGUUGCCCACUCUAUCCUUGACCUUCUCGUUUCCACGUCCUCGCGCGUCAUAGUAGCCGGAAUACAAUCGAGGCGGAGCAGCGCGCUUGGCUUCAUCCUCCCGCACACGCGCAGCAUGGGCACCACGCAAGCGCACGUCUAAACUGUUAGCCAUCCCACAGGCAAAGCAGUUAUAUAGUUAACUGUGAAAGAAACCGGGUGAGCACCCUCUGAGCGAACAAAAUUAUCACUGGCGCAGAGGUACGACCCAUUCAAGACUUGUGAACACUGUCAUUUGGUCGUGCAUGUCCCUGAGAGCCUGACAUUUCUCUUCAAUGGCUGCCUCUGGCUCCUCCACCACAGUGCCUGAAGAAUUUCACUAUGAGACCAAGUAUGUCAUCCUCAGCUACCUCAGCUUGCCUCAGCCUCCGCCGUCAAGAUCAAGACCCUCAAAGACAGCGGAGGGAGAGAGCCAUUCUACACAGGAAGUGGAAAGAGAGCGCAAUAGCAGCCUGAAGAAACAGAUUGAGAAUGAAAUAAAGCAGCUGGAAGAGGAAAUUGCGUCCUCUUUUUCCAGGACUGGUUUUGAUCAGCUCACGUCCCCAGUGUUCAGUCCAGCCAAUCCAGAAAGCUCCAUAGAGGACAGCCUGGCAGUGCUAGGGGACUGCGUCUCACGGGACCUGGACACACACCUGUCCUCCGCCACUCACACGCUUCUGAGCAGUGAUUUGGACUUUGAGCACUUCAGAGCAGCGGUGGAGGAGGUGUCCUCUCAUGCUCAAGGAGGAUGGAGCAAGGUGUUGGUACCCUUAGUAUUGUUACAAGCCCUGCAGAAUGAGGGGCAGCCACUGGAAACUCUGCUACAUUAUGGUUUGCGUUACCUUGAGGAAUCGCAAGCAGACUUCAUCAUUCAGCAGGGAGGAUGGGGCACUGUGUUUAGCCUGGAUGAAGCUGAGGACCCUGGCGUGAUCAUAGCCGAGGACAGUAACGACAUCUACAUCCUGUCAGGUGAACAGGUCUCGGAUCAGCUGAGCCCUCCUGCUUCACUACUGACUCUUGGAGAUAGCAGUGGGCCAGCUUCCUGGCAGACAGAGAGUCUUCCUGUGUCUCUGACAGGACACGAGUCUUGGGCGCAGGUUGGCAUGAUGGACCCCGAAGACGCCAAGAGUCUGGACAGCGUCGAGGGAGUGGCGUUAGUCGAGGAGCAAAGUGAGAACAACUCCUCGAACUCUGACAUUGUCCACGUGGAGCGUGAAGAUGCUGAACUUCUAGAAGAAGGUGGGGAGACGGUGGAGGAAGGGGAGCUGCAGAGUAGCGUACUUAGCGUGCUGGGCAGUGAAAGCGAACUCGCUGCUGUUCGAGAAGAAGCACCAACCGCAGAGCCAGUGCAAUCCGCAACUGAGCCGACUGUGGAAGAAAUCCCUCCACCUCCAGCCUCAGAGCAAGAGCACCCAUCCGCCCCUGCUGCUGCCUCGUUCCCUGUGCCUGAGCCUGAACUUCAGUCUCAGCCUGUUCCAGCUCCUGUGGAGCCACAAUCAUCUCCCCCACCUGAUCUAGAACCUGAAGUGGUCCAAGCAACCCUGGAGCAGGAGAUACUUCCAGAGGUGGAUCUGAAGGCCUCCUCCCUGGCCCACGACCUCCCUGUCCUGACCCCUCCUGAGGUGCAGACAAAGUCAGUGCCACAUCCCGAGGCCUCUGACCUCCCUGUGCUGCUAUAUGGUGGUGCUGCCCUGGUGGCCAUCGCUGCAGUAUUGGCUUUUGGAGCGCUGGCCUACAGGAAGAAGUAGAAUGUCUGUGACUGUCCAUGACCUCACUGUAUCUCUUGCCCUAACGGAAGCCCUGUGGGUCACAGUGCAGUCACAAGCUGCACUUCAUGGGAAAAGUACUCCUCUUAUGUGUCAUACCAUUUUAUUUUCUGUUCUCGUUGCUUUUAUUUGUUGGCUUAGUCCAGCUUUAUGACUGGAGAGGAACUUACAGGUGAAGUCAGGUUUCUUUUGUGCUGUAUUAGUAAACAUAGUAGUGAUUGGUUUAGUUGGCUGUGACCUAGGUUCCUGGUUCCAAAAGGAACAUCAAGGCUUCUGAUUCAGAAGAAGUUAAUUUGUGUUAGUGAAGCAUGUUUAUUCUCAUAUAUAAAUAUUUGAUUUAAUGAAGUUAGGUUUGAUUUUUAAACACAAGCUUGAGUGCAUGAUUAUGUUUUUAUCUUAUCAAACACUAAAUAUUAAAGUGCAAAUCUUUAUGGGCUGUGCUCUUCAGAUGGAUUUUGUGACUCAUAUUCUCCCAAAAUAUAUCAGUACUUGUACAAGUUUACUCGCAACAACCAAAAGCAAAGUAUCCAUGCAUUCUUGAUUCAUUUAGACAUUCAUGUUAGCCAUCUUUAGUGUGUAUUUUUAAUAAAUUAGGCUUGCAUAAAUGCUUUUGUUUGAAUUCCCCCUUUUAAAAGUUAAACAUAGAAGCCUAGGUCACAGCCUCAAAUGGGAAACCCCUACACUUUGACCGAUACAUUUUAAGGGAUUGUCAUUUCUUCAUGUACAGCAAUUCACUAUAAUGUGAGCAUUUUGUUCUGUUAGGUACUAAACAUGUUUGUAGAACCUCGUGAAAAUACUACACCAGCACAGUCAAUAUUGCCAUGGCAACAGGGCACAGUUGACUGAAUUUAUCUCAAUGUCAGGAAGCGGAAGAUAAUGCUAGAUGAAAAGUCAUAUUUAGUUUUCUAAUAUGAUGUUUCUAAGUGUGAAUUUUGUAAUUAAAUGUCCCUAAUUCUGGGUCAGAAGCAAUUUCAAUAAAAUCUUGUGACAUAUUAAAAUGAGAAUAUGAUGAAACAUUAAAGUUGUGGUUUAAUCUUAAACCACCAUGAUUUAGAAACAUCCAAAUGAGUUUUGUAAUUCUAGAGUAAAAAGUGAUUUGCUGUGUUAGGUAACAUUAACUGUCUGUUGCUCAAAUCAAGUGCUGACUUCAGGUUUGGGGGACCAGAACGUCUCUUAAAUGUCUUCUGAGCCACACAGAUCAGUCAUCGGUCCUUUGCAGUGUUUCUUUGUCUCCUCAAACUUAGUAUUUUCUGUCUUCUGUGUCUGAUUUACACCUUGCCUGUACCUUGUGCUGUUGUUUGUCCCUGAAAGCAAAAAAGGCCUGGCCUGCACAGCACAGCCUUGUCACCCUCCUUUCCCUGUUGUGUGCCUAUCCAAAAGAGACCCUGGUCAAAACAACAGAAAAUGUAAGCAGAAGUCACACAUACAGGCAGGAUCCACCUGUUUUGUCAGUGGUUGGCAACCUCACGUCAGAGAAAAAGUGCUAUUUUUUUUUUUUUUUUUUUUUUGCAAGUGAGGUUUUUUUUUUGUAUCACAGAUGGAUAAAAGCUGUGAAAUAAAACUGUAUCCCAUCAAGGGUUAACCUUGUAGUUUGUGUCCUGAUUUAAGCAUGAAUUUUAUCAUGAUGAAACAUUGCUUAAAUAAAAAAAAAGACAUGCAAACUUUGACAGAAACUGUUUGCUUCCUCUAUUUUGUACUGAUAUGAGUCAGAUUUGUUGUAUUUCAAAAGAGACGGUUGAUCGUGUGAUAUGCUUUACAGACUGAAUGAGAAGAGAUUAUAAGAUUGAAAGAGAUCAAAAAGUUAUCAGAGUGCAUAUAUUUUUCACAAAUUUGGUUUAGUUUCCCGUAUAAUCAGGAUAUUUUUUUCCAUGGCAGUUAAAGAAACAAUCAAAUGCCUAACAAGACCAUAAAACAUGGCCAAAGUGCCAAAAAAAAAAAGAAAGAAGGUUAA